AUGGAUACUCACAACAUCAAUGCCAAUGCAAGCAACAAUCAGUUCGAAGCUGUCAUGGACAGGGUGGUUACCCAACUGGAGAGGUGGCAUUACGAGCGGAGUUACCGACGGUUGCGGAUAUUCUCCGGAAUCGUUCCUGUGCCAUUGGGAGAAGAGACAUAUGAAGCUUGGAAGGAAGCCGCGGUGCAACAGACCGAAGAAUGGCAGUGUCCAGACUGUAUUAAAAGACAAAGGGUAGUGGAAAGCCUGAGAGGGCCCGCUAUGGGGAUCAUUCAAGCCGCCAGGCGCAGUAAUCCUAAUGCUACGUUGGAAACCUACUUUGAAUCAUUAGACUACGCUUAUGGAAUGCUUGAAGAUGUAGGAGAACUUACUUCUAGACUGCAUCAUACACUGCAAGAACCAGGGGAGAAGUUGAGUACAUUUCUAAUUAGAUUGGAUAAGUUACUAUAUAAAAUAGUAGAUAAGGGAGGUAUAGCUAAAGAAGACGUUGAUAAAAACCGGAUGAGACAGCUGCUGCGAGGUGCUUCCACUAUGGAUCCGGUUGCCCAGAAAUUGAGAUGUUCAGGUGCAAAGGAGCCUCCUCCCACCUUUAAUGAGUUACUAAAGGAAAUAAAACAAGAUGAAGUAUUGAUAGAUAUGAGAGAGAAAGUCGUGAAAAAGGUCAAAGUGGUUCAACCGGCAGCUGAAAGUAGCACCUUUGAAGAUAAGAUACUGAAGAUGAUGGAUGACCAGAAUAAAAAAAUAGAACAAUUUAUCGCCACACAAAAUGCCAGUGCUGAUGCUUCCCCACCAAGGUCUAAUGAUAACACCCUAGUGAGGGGAUUAGGUCGAGGGAACAGUAACUGGAACAACAACUAUGGACGAGGAUGCUUUAGAUGUGGAAGGACCGGACAUCGGGCUUUCGAAUGUAACGCUGCAAGGAACACGAGCCGAAAUAACCCUCGGACUCCAACUAAUAGUCAAGACAGAGAAGGUCCGGGGCCGGGAAACGAUCGAGGGCGGUCUGUGGACCCCGCACAGGCCCCCUAG